CAUGGUGGCAGCUUUUGGUUCUGGGGCAAUGUUUUCAUUGGUCAGUGGCAUGGGAGGCCCAAACCAAGGUGCUAAUGUGAUCACAUCAGGGUUAUUCUUUGCACUUGUUCAAGGUGGCCUUUUUAAGCUGGGCCAGAAAUUCUCGCAGCCACCAGCGGAUGACAUGUAUUAUUCCCAAGCUAGAAGCAUGCUGAGAAGCCUUGGCCUUCAGAAUUAUGAGAAGAACUUCAAGAAAGGCCUUCUCACAGAUAGCACCUUGCCUCUUCUUACGGAUAGUGCUCUUAGAGAUGUCAAUAUCCCUCCCGGACCUAGGCUUCUCAUUCUUGAUCACAUCCAAAGAGACCCUGAAUUGAGGAAAGGAAGGCGGUGAAGCUGUCCAUGGAUGUAUUCAUCCUUUCCAACUUCAGUUUCUUCAGAGAAAUCAUAGCUGCUCUACAUUGUCGAUGACUGCUCUAGAUGAACCUAUUUGCAUUUCUUCUAGUCAUUUUCAGAUUGCCACUUUGAGAUCAAUAGUAAACAUCAAAGUUUUAUCUUAGUUCAUCCCAUUUCACAAUCAGCAUUAUUUUUUAAAAUUUGAUACGUUAUAGUGUGAACAUGGAGGCUAGAAAGCUUCUUUUUAGGACUA